AAAGGUGGUGGUGGUGAGGUGUACUUGAUGUGGGAAGAUUUGACAGUUUUGCUUCCAAAGAGUAGUAGUAAUAAUGGCAACAAAUUACAAACAAGAAAGAUUUUGAAUGGAGUGACAGGUUUUACUCAACCUUCAAGGAUUAUGGCUAUUAUGGGUCCUUCUGGCUCUGGAAAAUCUACCCUUCUUGAUUCCUUAGCAGGAAGGCUACCUGGAAAUGUUAUCAUGACCGGGAAUGUUCUUCUCAAUGGCAAGAAAAGAACGCUCGACUAUGGUGCUAUUGCUUAUGUGACCCAAGAGGAUAUACUAAUGGGAACACUCACAGUGAAAGAAACUCUGACAUAUUCGGCCAAACUAAGGCUACCAGGAAGCCUAAACAAACUUCAGAUGAAUGAGAUAGUUGAUGCCACAAUCAUGGAGAUGGGUCUUGAAGAUUGUGCAAAUAACUUCAUUGGCAACUGGCAUUGUAGAGGAAUCAGUAGUGGUGAGAAAAAGAGACUAAGUAUUGCACUUGAAAUCCUCACUCGACCAACACUUUUGUUUCUUGAUGAACCCACCAGUGGCCUGGACAGUGCAUCCGCCUUCUUCGUUGUAAUGACCCUCAGAAGCAUGGUUCGAGAGGCUGGCCUAACCGUUGUCUCCUCAAUCCAUCAGCCAAGUAGUGAAGUCUUUGCGCUUUUUGAUGACCUCAUCUUGUUAUCAGGUGGUGAAACUGUCUUCUUUGGUGAAGCCAAAAUGGCCUUAAAGUUCUUUUUUGAUGCUGGAAUACCAUGUCCGAGUAGAAGAAACCCUUCAGAUCACUUUCUUCGUUGCAUAAAUUCAGACUUCGACAAGGUCAAUGCUACUUUGCAGGGUUCUCAAAGGUGUCGGGUACCAGAUUUUCCUCUACUACGUAUCAUGCAUACAAGUCUGAGUUUAUUUGGUACAAUACAGGACGGGGAAAACAUAUCCAUUACUCAUGCAUUGACAUCAGAGAUCAAAAAAAUGCUCGUUAAUAAGUAUAACUGCUCAGAGUAUGCGACAGCUGCAAGAAAAAGAAUUCAAGAACUCUCCUCAACCGAUGGGCUUACGAUUGAAACGCAAAGUGGGAGUCAAGCAAGUUGGUGGAAGCAACUUACAAUAUUGACAAAAAGAUCUCUCAUUAACAUGUCGAGAGAUAUAGGGUACUACUGGUUGAGGAUAGUGGUCUAUCUUGUUGUUUCACUGUGUGUUGGUACUGUGUUUUUCAACGUGGGCACGAACUUCCACGCAUCAUAUGCGCGUGGAGCUUGUGGAGGAUUUAUCUCUGGAUUUAUGAUAUUUCUGUCCAUUGGAGGCUUCCCUUCUUUCAUCGAAGAAAUGAAGAUAUUCACUAGAGAGAGGCUAAAUGGACAUUAUGGAGUAGGAGUGUUUAUGAUCUCAAACUUCAUCUCUUCUUUCCCAUUCUUGACAAUGAUGUCAUUUGUUACUGCAAUAGUAACAUAUAACAUGGUGAAAUUCCAACCGGGUUUCUCCCACAUUACAUACGCCUUCCUUGAUCUGUUGUUCUCCAUGGCUGUCGUAGAGAGCCUCAUGAUGGUUGUUGCUUCACUUGUUCCUAACUUCAUGAUGGGAAUCAUUGUCGGAUCAGGUUUCAUUGGUGUAAUGAUGAUGACUGCAGGUUUCUUCCGUCUCUUCCCUGAUCUUCCAAAGCUGUUUUGGAGGUAUCCAGUCUCUUACAUCAAUUCCUUGUCGUGGGCACUACAGGGAGCAUACAAGAAUGACAUGGUUGGUCUGGAAUUUGAUGCUCCAUAUGACGGAGAAACAAAACUUUCUGGUGAAUUCAUUUUAACGACUAUGCUUGGUGUUUCACUUGAACACUCGAAAUGGUGGGACUUAGCUAUUGUUGUAGCCAUUCUCAUCUUGUACAGAUUGCUAUUCUUUGUUAUACUCAAGUUCAAAGAAAGAGCCACGCCCGUGUUUUGGAAACUGUAUGCCAAGAGAACCCUGCAACAUCUCAACAAGAGACCUUCUUUCAGGAAAACAUCUUUUUCUCCACAGAGACACCAACCAAUGAGUUCACUAUCUUCUCAAGAGGGUCUUAAUUCUCCACCGUAUUGA